GGUCUAGAUGUGCACGAGGUGCAAGCCUGAGCCCAGGCAGAGCGUCCGGAGUGCAGCUGGGAUCUGCAUUGGCCACUGAUGCGGAUCAGGUGAUGAGGAGCCGGGAAGGUAGAGCCAUGUGGCUUUCCCCAGCUCUGCUCCUUCUCAGCCUCUCAGGCUGUUUCUCCAUCUAUAGCCAAGAGUCCGUGAGAGCCCCAGAGCAUGGGUCCAUGACCGUGCAGUGCCACUAUCAGCAAAGAUGGGAGACCUACGUCAAGUGGUGGUGUCGAGGGAUGCACUGGGAUUCAUGCACUAUCCUCAUUCAAACAGAUGGGUCAGAACAAGAAGAGAAGAGGGACCGUGUGCUCAUCAAAGACAAUCAGAGAGACCACGUGUUCACUGUGACCAUGGGGGGGCUCAGGCAAAACGACACAGACAUUUACUGGUGUGGGAUUGAGAGAAUAGGAACUGACCUUGGGACUCAAGUGAAAGUGAUCGUUGACCCAGUGAGAGCGGCUUCCACACCAGCAAGCUCGUCUUCCAAAUUGACUACCAACAGGAAUAUGGGGGUGUUAAUCAGCUCCCACAAGAGGACCUACUAUGUGCUCCUGGUAUUUGUGAAGGUGCCCAUCUUGCUCAUCUUGGUCGGUACAAUCCUCUGGUUGAAGGGGUCUCAGAGGGUCCCUGAGAAGCCAUGGGAACAACCUAUCUAUAUGAACUUGUCCUCUAAACAUCUGAACAAAGACAUGGCUGCUUAGAGAGAUGGAUCUGCAGAGCCUUCCUGCCCUGGACUGCAUUUCCAGAAGAGACCUGGACUGUGGAAGGAACAUCUCUGAAUCCUUGGGAGGCAGCCACUGAGAUGGGGCCCUGGGCCUCCACCCUGGCCUUGGAGCUGGUGGGUACCUCCCUGUCCUGCACAGCUUAGGGACUUAGCUGGGGCCUCUCCUGAGCCCCCAUCACCUCCUGGAGUGUCAGCACCUGUUUUCUUGGUCAGGCGCUGUAGAGAUGGGGCUCAAGCAGUGGACGACUGUGUCCCUACUGCUGGAAUAACUUGGGCACAGAG